AUGGUCAAGAUUCAACCUAGAACACCAUUGUUUUAUAUUACAUCAUUUACUGUGUUAGGAAUAUCAUUCUAUGCACUCGAUAAAUAUCUAUCUGGUGGUUAUUUAAAAAAGAUAGAACAACAACAAGCUAUUGAAGAUCUUGCUAGAGAUCGUAUUAAAAAAAGAGAAUUAGAAAAACAACAACAACAACAACAACAACAACAGCAACAGCAACAAUAA